AUGAGAGACUUUAUGCGACUUUACAGUAACUUAGUUCAACGUUGUUUUGAUGAUUGCGCGAACGACUUUACUACCAAGUCCUUGAACGGAAAAGAGGAAAGUUGUGUUAAUAAAUGCGCUGAUAAGUUUUUGAAGCAUUCUGAAAGAGUUGGUGCCCGUUUCGCGGAACUUAGUCAAAGCGUA